AUGGCAACAGCCUAUUUGCCUUACUACGAUUGUAUCAAGUGCACAUUACACGCGGCCUUAUGCAUAGGGAAUUAUCCUUCACGUACUGUGGAGCGCCACAAUAAGCCAGAAGUUGAGGUUGCAGAUCAACUGGCGCAUGCUGAUGGAAACAAAUUGCAAGAGUUUGUUCUUAACCCCAUACGCAUUCUGCGAUCAGAGCAGGAAGGUUGCCUUAUCGAGCCUAGUAUAAAUAGCACACGCAUAUCUGUAUCCUUUCUUAAGAGUGACGCCAUUGCAGAACUUAUUGCCCGAAAAUACGUAGGAUUUUUGGCUCAACGAGCCAAACAGUUUCACAUAUUGAGGAAGAAACCUAUUCCGGGAUAUGAUAUAAGUUUUUUAAUUUCUCACGAAGAAGUGGAGACCAUGCAUCGGAGUAAGAUUAUUCAAUUCAUAAUUGAUUUCUUGAUGGAGGUUGAUGCUGAUAUUGCCGCAAUGAAAUUAAACGUGAAUCAACGCGCUCGUCGAGCGGCGAUGGAAUUCUUUCUUGCAUUGAACUUUACAUGA